AUGUUACUCGUGUUUUCACCUAUCGCGGACCGCGCAGAGGUGCAAUGCCGUGCGGUUCUCGACUUCUUUAGCGUCAUGCGAUCCAAAACCGUCGCCGUUGAAACCGUCUUCCUCAGCUUCUGCAGCGAUGCCAAACCGGAGUGCUGGAGGGCCCUCUUUGAAGGCGUCAUCGAAUCCGGUGUCUCCGAACUGCGAAUACAGCAAGACGACGUGUUACGCAACGUAGGGCCCUUCAAAUCUUUGAAGCGGCAUGCAACACCGGCGCAGCUCUAUCCGAACCUGAAGUCCUUCCGGCCUCAUGCGCCGGUCCUCUUCGACGCGGAGACCAUUCGGUGGACGUUACAGGUGAUCAACGCCUCCGCGCUCAGAGAACUCAGCCUCUCUAAGCAAUCCGAGAAGGCGUCUUGGUCCUCCCUCCUCUCGCACUUCAAGCUACCUUCUCUACGGGUUUUCACUGUCGAGGGGGGUACUCUCUCUAUGCUGUCACUUUCUACCUUCCUCCUGAACCAUCCAGCUCUCGAGUCCCUCUACAUCGGAGCGGACUCCGACUCGGAGCUCAAGACAUUCGUACCUCCCAAGCUACCCGCUCGUCACCAGGUCCUCCGCUGUCUGCGGACCCUAGAGGCCCCAUUGUCGUACGUGGUUCAUCUGGUUGGUGCGGCGCCCUGGGGCACGUCGUCCCGUUUGACGGACCUCCGAAUCCUUCCCGAUGUACGCAACGGCUUUCCCUUCCAGCCGUGUGUCGAACACGUCCUUCAGAAAAUUGCGGAUAUGGAACACCUCUCGUGGGUUUCCAUCGAAGUCCCUCAGGCUGUCGGGCAGUGCACUGCCCCGUGGUGCGCAGUGCCUGCCCCUGCAGGUCCGGAUCCCUACCACUCGCUCACUCGCUUGGUAAUCUCUCAGAGCGGCGUCAAGGACGCUCACUAUCUUUUCAGCGAACACUUCAUGAUGACGCUUCCAAGCCUGCUACGUACAUUCUCCAGGAUCGAACAACUGGAAGUUGAAGAAGGCGCGAUCGACACGGAGGCUGAAGGGAGCGUGAAUCGUCAGGAUACGAUCAACGCUAUCGUAAAUGCGGGCUCUGUUCUGAUGUCUAUUGAGAUCAAGUCGGGUUCGCAUCUUCCGCGAGCGCUCAUCCACUGGCCGGAUCGGGAUGAGCGGGCACGGGCGAUCGCCGGGCCGGGUAACCUGCCCUAA